CAACUCCAAGGUAGAACAUGAAAGUUACCAGGAUAAAACUGUUCAGAGGUCAUCAUCACUAACUGCAUUUUUCUAUCCUUGUUUUUUUUCUGUUUCAGGAUCUCCAGGCCCACUUGGGAUGGAUGGGAAGCCUGGUGCUCCUGGUCCCAUGGGAAGCCAGGGACUGCCUGGGCCAAAAGGAGACAAGGGUGAUCAGGGUCAGGCUGGCCCUCCCGGCCCCCCUGGCUCACCAGGCCUCAGAGGACCAUCUGGGAACACAGGGAAGGAUGGGCCCAGAGGUCACCUUGGGGAGCAGGGACAAAUGGGUCCUCCUGGACGACAGGGUGAGGAUGGACAGCAUGGCAUGCUUGGACCACAGGGGCCUCCAGGGCUAAAGGGGGAACCGGGGCAUGCUGGCGACCAGGGCAGGAGUGGCCUUGAUGGACUACCAGGGAUGAAGGGGGAGAAGGGGGACACAGGAGACACAGGGCCUCAGGGGGACACGGGCUUACCCGGAGAGAAGGCUGUUCUUGACUCCUAUGACAUCGGCCUUGGCCAUGUCUUUCAGGGCCCCCCAGGGCCACCAGGAGGACAAGGGCCAAAGGGAGAAUCAGGCUCACAUGGUGCACCUGGAGCUGAUGGGGAUAGGGGAGCCAAAGGGGAGAGAGGUGAUGACGGGAUGCCUGGAGUGGCAGGGGAAAAGGGAGAGAGAGGUCUGACGGGCCUAACUGGGCUUGUGGGAGCUGACAGCAAAAAAGGAGUGAGAGGAGAUUCAAGGUUUGAGGACAAUCUGGCCCAGAUCAUCUCUAUCGCAGGCCCUCCAGGGCCCCCCGGACCUCCUGGGCUCCAAGGAUUCAUGGGACAUCAUGGAAUGCCUGGCCCCAAGGGGGAACCAGGCGACAUAGUGAGCGGAGAAAAGGGAGAUGCAGGUGACAGAGGACCUCCUGGGUUAAGGGGUAUUCAGGGUCUUCCAGGUUCUACAGGAUUGGUUGGUCUCCCUGGCACCAUAGGGAGAAAGGGAGAGCAAGGAUUGCCGGGAUUGGAUGGUUUCCCCGGGCUGAUGGGAGAAAAGGGGGACAGAGGGGACCGAGGAGAUAAGGGUGACAGGGGGAUGCUGGGAAAGAAGGGACUGAAGGGACAGAAGGGCGAGGAGGGCCCCCCUGGACUGGACCAGCCCUGUCCUGUGGGUCGGGAUGGAUUGCCCAUACCAGGGUGUUCGCAAAAGUGAUUAGUUACCUGGUACAUGGGAUCUGUACAUAUCGAUAUAUAUUUUUCAACUAAAAUUCAAGUGUAGUUUUUUUGUCGUUGCCAAUUCCUAUUUAAUAUGUUGAGGUUUUCAUAUUGGAAUUUGGAUUGUGCGUCUAUCACAAUCAAUAUUUUUUACUUUUUGCAUAUGAAAAGAAAACAUGUUUUUUUAAAGGUUUAGAGAUUAGGUAGAGGAAAGAUCUAGUGCACACAAAGAAGGAGACUGGUUACAAAUGGAAAGGAGCAGCAAAUGCACUCAGCUCCAGAUGGAAAAAUGUUGCUGCUUACAGUGUAUCUAAUCGGGGAACCUGAAAUACAGUAUUAACCUGAAAUACAGUAUGAUUGACUGUCUAACAGACUCACUAGUGUUCCCACAUGGAGAUCCAGCAUUGGAGUGUGCAACUCAGCCUCCACCUUGCAAAUGUUUCUACCCCAUCACUCCUGUGAUUGUUGUUUGCUUUGAAAGGACCAACCGUCACGGCAUGGACCCAAUGCCAUGCGCCUAUCCCAACCUUAGGAAAGGUACAGAUGUAGGGUCUUAAUUUGAUCCAGUUUGCUACAGCAGGAAAAUAAUCCUGCAGCAACAGGACAUGUGAAUUAUUAUGUGGAUUAUAAUUACUUGACAUUUUUUGUAGGGGUUGAUAAACAUUUUGUUAUGGCAAAUCAAGUUUGACAUGUUUAAGUGGAAAUUACAAACUUUAGGAGCCUUUUUAAACCUCAAAUACAUUAAAAGUUUGCGUGUCCUGCCGUGCAGGAAAAUUCUCAGCCACAAAAGAGUGAUCAAAUUAAGAUCCUCCAUCUGUAUGGGGAAGCACAGAUGAUGGACCUCACCAUGGAAUCUUUGUUUGCAAUAAUGUUCCUAAAUGUGCUUAAUGUUUAGAUCAUUUUUGGUCUAAAACGUUUUAGGAUGUUUAUGAUGGUUUCAAAGUUUUUACCUAUUGUUGCAUCAAAUGCUUUUUUUCAUUCCUCUGAGUGAUCUAACCAUGCUAUGUGGAAUUAAUUGACACAGAACACUGUACAACUUUUUGAAUUAGGCCUAACAUGGAAAAUGUAUGAUAACAAUCCUAAAAAUGUUUUGAAGACUUUUUACAUCUGACAUCAAGGUAAACAAAAACAUCUACCUAUCAAACCUACCUGUUUGGCUGAUUGGGUUAAAUGUUUGUUCUAGGAACAUGCCGUUUUUAAUUAAGUUGUCUGUCAUAUUAAAUACUAUUUCAAAUGCAAAUUGUUGUAUUCUUAAUUACGAAGUUCAAGUUGCAUUGUACUUUAUAAUGUUCGUGGACUACUUUUUUCAUUUUUCUUCAUUUUGUAAAUGCUGUCGGUUGGUGUCGGUUCUGUCCAUUGAGGUAUAAAACAACUGUAGACUGCU